UGUCUGUCUGUCCAGUCUUCUCUUCGUGGAACGAAAGAAAAUAAUCGGAUCGGCGGAGAAGAAAAAAGGAAGAGAAGGAAAGGGGAGGUAAAGACUAAUCAGUCAUGGUUUCGACGAGGCGUAGCGGAUCGCUAUCGACUAAUACUAGCAAGAGAUCUUCGUCUUCAGAUGACAAACCCUUGUCCCCCAAGCGACAAAAGGUUGAAACAGUUGCGGCAGCUGAGAAAUCAUCGCAGACUUCGGGAUCUUCGGAUAAUUCGAAGGAAUUGUGCUCGUCUCCAGCGUUAGACCCUGUAGAUUGCCUUCCAAUAGACCCUCCGAUCUCUGGAAGUGGUGCCGGUGACGCUGUAGAUUCUGAGAAGGGGGAGAAAGGGGAUGACGGGACCGCUCCGGCAGUUCCUGUAUCAUCGCCGAUCGCAGAUGCUUCUUCACCUGUUUUGGUGGACAAAGAAAGGAGUUCGUUCUCUUCAUGGAGUUCUUUCCAAAAGCAACAUACGAAUUCCGACACUUCCACUCCUUGGUGCAAGCUUCUGUCACAGUACACUGAGAAUCAACAUAUUCCCAUUGAUACAAAUCUGUUCACUAUCGGUUCGAGCAGAAACUGCAACUUCCCUUUAAAGGAUCUAAACAUUAGUGGCAUUCUAUGCAGGAUCAAGCAUACACAGCAUGAGGGCAAUGUGGUUGCCGUUCUCGAAAGCACAGGGAGCAAGGGGUCUGUGCAAAUAAAUGGGAAGGUUGUCAAGAAGAACACCAGCAGUGUUCUUAUCUCCGGUGAUGAAGUGAUAUUCGGUUUAGCAGGGAACCAUGCUUAUGUUUUCCUGCAACUCACACCUGAGGCUGCAGUUAAGGUCCCUUCAGUGGUUGGGGUUGCAGAGGCUCCAAGCAAUGUGGGUAAAGGGGUGCACCUUGAAAGAAAGUCUGGAGAUCCUUCAGCUGUGGCUGGAGCCUCUAUAUUGGCAUCUCUAUCGAAUCUUAGACAAGAUUUAUCACUUUUGUCUCCUCCAGCAAAAAUUGCUAGUGAAAGCCAACAAGGUACUGAAAUUCCUGUUUGUUCACUUGCUCAAGAUGGGCCAGAAAUGGACCUCCAUGGCCCAGAGAGGAAAGGUAAUUCGGAUCCAAGUGCAGAUAAAACCAUUGAGGUUGGAACUACCAGUCAAAGCCUCCACGUGGACAACAAUCAAGAGUCUGGUGUAGAGUUGGAUGUUGUAAAACUUCCAGGCGUGAAUGAUUCAUUAAGGCCUUUCUUGCGGAUGUUGGCUGGAUCAAGUAGUUGUGACCUGGAAUUGAGCAAGAAUAUCUUUAAACAGGUAUUGGAAGAAAGAAAGGAAUGGGCAAGGGAUUCACAGCAAACAUCAACGUCAGGUGUUUCUUCCAAAUGUGCAGCAUUCAAAGAAGAUAUUCAGGCUGCUAUUCUUGAUGGAAAAGAAUUACAAGUUUCAUUUGAUAGUUUCCCCUACUAUUUGAGGUAUGAAUCUUAUGCUGGAUUGUUUCUCUUUGCUAUCCCUUUAUUUUGUCACUCUGAAAUACAGAGACCGGAAUACCCUGGAAUAGUGGACAUUGGAGUAGAAAUCCUUGAUAACAGACUCGGGCAAAAGUACAGUUCCAUAUUUUACUUGCUUGGAGUUCCAAAGACCAACGAAGAUCAAUUUUAUUUCUGUCGGUAUCGGUAUCCAGAAUGGCAUCGACUAGUUACUCACUUCCAUGAUGGCUAUAAAAUGCAAGUGACACUGCGCAAUCCACCGAUUUUUACAGGACUUGAACUGAAGAAGUAUGGGAUCCAUCUGGUUUUUGAAGAUGAUGAUAACUACGAUGGUGAUGAAGAAUCAUUGGAUGAAACCCACCUAUCUCUUUCGGAGAAACUGGCGAAGUUUCUCAGCUCCUUGUAA